UCAAUGAGGUUCCAUCUUUGGCACCAUCCAAACCCCCUUUGGAUACAGCUGCUCAACGGCAGUCAUCGCCAGUUCAUGCCUCACCAGGUGUGAAGAGGAAGACACCUGUGCCCAUUCCACCAGAGCUGACUUUUUUAGUAAAGGAGACAGCAGCUCCCAUAAAAGCAGGGGGAUCUAAGUCAACUCCAGGAGCCAGCACAAGUGCUUCUUGCACAUCUGCACGAAAGGCGAUUACUUUUGAGGACAGCGGUGAAGAUGUUCCCUUAGCUCAACCACCUGUUCCUGUUCCCCUGCCUGGCCCUGAUCGGGACAUAAGCAGUUGGAGCUGUUCUCAACACCAGAAGAUCUGGAUGAGGACAGAGCUUCAGGAUCUUGGGCUGUGGCCUGGGUCUAACCCAGUGCGGAACCCAGGGAACACAAUUUCUCUGUGGCGUCUUCCUCCACAACCUGAGCUCAUUGACAUGGUGGCUGAGCUCCCAUCCCCAAACUUCUUCCAGCUACAUCCAUUUUUUAUCUGGAAGCCCGAGAGUGACAUCAUGGUCAGGCUGAGAAACAAUUACAUCCUGCCAUGUCUCCGUGGCUGUUCUCAUCCGCAGGUGGUCUCUGCUGGUGUGGGCAGGCCUCGGGUGAUUGUUGGCACCAGCGGUCAAUAUUAUAUAUUGUCCUCACGACUCUGCUGCAAAGCAUGUCGAAGGAACUGGUUUGCUGACAAUCCACGAUGGCUGGAGAAGCUGCCAAAGCGGUUUACCAACAUUCUGCCCACUUUCCUGACUUACAAAAAGGCCAUCUGCAAGUCUUUGAUGGAUGAGUUGAGGCGCACUGGCAAGUCACCAACAGAUAUGGCAAACCAGGUGAAUGAGCUCAUGCACCUUAAGUAUGAGCGAGCUCACCUGGCAUACCUACAUGCCAUAGAAAACAUCUGGGAUGCUGAGGCCGGCAUAUAUGGACAGAGGACCAUCGGGCAGUUCAUGAGGAAAGAAAACAAGCCACGUGCAUUUGGACCAUAUGAAGAUUCAGAUGGCUGGUGUGGGGUCUCUGUCUCCGGUUUCUACCUUACUGACUGCCUACUAGACGAGUUCAGACGUCAAGAGCCAGCCAUGUCCAAACUCCUCCAGGGCACCUUUGGGCAGGUAUUCAGGUCUGACCACACCAGGAAGGUAGCACGUAAGGUUACACUAGCAUCUGGGGUCAUGUCCAGUUAUGCCAUCAUGAAUGAGAACUGGCUGAUUGUUUCUUGGGUGAUGGUUCAGUCUGAGACUGAGAAGUCCUUGGAGCCAAUGUAUCAAGGAUUGGCCAGGAGAUACAGCAAUGCGGGUGUGGAAAAGGCAGGCUACCACUGGAUGGACAGAGACUGCUGUGCUCCAUUUAAAAUCCCGGAAUGCGCCUCUGGUGAGCAUCUAUAUUGGGAUGCCUGGAAGACAACCCCUUCCAUUGUUGCUCAGGCCACCUCUGGCCCACUUGCGAACACCUGCGCCUCCCGGUCACAUUACAAUGCCAACAUCGUUGUGAAACUGGACUUGUUCCACUGCAUCAGGCGUUUUUCACGGGAGUGUACAUCUGAGCAUCAUCCUCUGUUCAGCAAUUUCUGCCAGCUUCUCUCUGCAGCCUUCUCUGUGGUGGAUCAGGAGGACUUACAGAGGCUCAGGGACGCCUAUGUGUUCUGUGGUAUCCAUCCAGCCAAUCCCACCAAGCAACAUAUAAGGGAGCACUGCAGGACCAAAAUACCACAACCGACAGAGCUGCUGGACAGAAUUGAGAAUGUCCUUAAGCAUUUUCAUGUGGCCACAGACCCCAACAAUGUCCCACUCUUCAAGCCACACAUGCUGAAGACAUGGCGCAUACAGAGAGUGCACAUUCUUCGUGGUUGCCUCAGUGACCCUGAACUUUCAGAGGGCAUAAUGUACAGGUACGGUGGAACUCUUCAACUAAACCAUGUACCCGGUGAAGGCGCCAAAGUCCCCAUCUGGAUCCCUGUCCGAGGUACAUCACAACAGGAGGGGUACCAUUUCCACCAGGCCCAGUGGGUCACAGGGACCCAUGUCUCCACUGAAUUGUUCCAGGCCCAGGGCAUGACAGGGGUGGCACGGUGGAACUAUCAACGACUGGUGGACCUAAAGCAGCCAGAUGUUAUCCUCCCUGCUGUCUUUGAUCCAGCUUUAAUGGCUGAGUUGAACUCUGCUUCCAAGAGAGUGACAGGGCAGGAGAAGUAUGCAUUAUUUCACAUCUCUGACACAGACACCGGAGAGACGUUUGGUCUAGAAUACAAAGAGCCAGUCUGCCGUCCGGUCCCUCUUGACUGGGACAAACACAGGACCCAAAAGAGAGACGAAACAUCUGCUCUUGUCCCACUAUCUCCUGUGCAGGCACCCACUUCUGCCCAGGCCCAAGCUCCAGACUCGGCACCCUCCUCCAAAUUGACGCCACUCUCUAGCUUGGCAUCUUCUGGCCCAACAUCAUCCCUCAGCCAUUCACUCUCCGCUGGGACACUUUUAAAGCAGGAAAUACUUUCAGAAGACAACCAGGACCCUCCAGAAGCAAUGGAAAUCUCACAUGCCCUGCCCCUGCUGCAGAAGUCCUCUCCGAGAAGUGCCCGCACCGGACCCAUAAAGACAGGUGGACGGGUUUUUGUGUUGGACCACACACGCUGGACACCACCCAUGAAAGAUGCUAUCGACCACUUACUGCACAAGUUCCGUGGUGAGAAGGACAUGCUAAAGCUGGUAGAUCAAGAAUAUGCAUACAUGGUCCAUCAAUCUGCCUCAGAUCCCAACAGCUUGCUGCACCCCACAACCAAACUACACAUAUCCCGCUAUGUGAAGCACCUGGCAAAACUUCUUAACACCAGUUCUUCUCUGAACACAAGCCAGGAAAAACUUCAGGAGACUCAGCAGCUGUGGCACUCCUUAACAAAAGGAAGUGAGACAGCCAGUGUUCCUGUGGUCACCAUGGAGCCUGCUAUUGUCAACCCACCUGCACCUGCCAUGGUGACACCUCUGACACAGGAGUCCAUUGAGAAAAUUGUGGAGGACAUCUUGCAAAGGCAGCAGCAGCAACAAAAGCAACAGCCCCAGCCAGAGCAGAAGAAAAGGCAGACAAAGACCUGUCUUGCAUGUGGACAGCCCAAGUCUCGAUAUGAGACAGAUGGAUCCUCCAUCCACUUUUUUUAUCAACAAGGGCCUGUGCGCUAUUUCUAUUGCUCAAAGAGGGUGCAUCAAAGUUACGCUGCUGAGGGACUUUCUGACCCCAAAAUGCCAUUUGAAGAAUUUGCAGACACAGAAUUUUUUCAGAGGGAGCUGGAGGGCACCAAGAAACGGGUGGAGGAAAAAAAGGAGAAAAAGAGGAAAAGGCCAGAUUCCCAACCAACAGGCCGCUGCUGCAGAUUCUGCCACAAGGACCUGAAACAGGGACCAAACAGCCCACACAUACACACGGGCUUCCCUGGAGUGGCAGGAAAAUACAUUUACUGCCCAGCUAAAGUGUACUCUUUAUACAAAGAUAAGGGCAUGAUUAAAGAGAUGACCUGGAUGGAGUUUAAAGAGUCCCCAUUCUAUGAAGCAGAGAGAAAAAGAUGGGUGGAGGAAAGGAAGACCUGAUUCGUAUAUAUUUGUACAUACUUCAAAUGAUUAAUCCAAUUGUUGUUCUGUAUAUAUAUAUAUGUGUUUCUGAUUUCUGAAUGUGCUAUAUAUGUAUAGGUUUUAUUUUUUUUUGUAGUUUCCAAAGUUUAUAUUAUUUUGUCAUACACAUGUGCGCUUAUGUUUAGUCCUUUAGACCACAGCAAUGUGUGUGUGUAUAUGGAUAUUGGUAUGUAUAACUUUAUAGUUUGUGUGUAUAUUGUUUUCCUUAAAGUUCUUUUUUUAAACAGAUUUU